AUGGCUACGCCUUCCAACCCACAAGGCGUGAUCCAUUUAAAAGAUGAUGCAACGUACGACAAGUCGCAGUUCCUCGUACCUCAGCACUAUUUGGACAGUGUCGAGUCGGUGCUGAUACCCAGAGGCCUCAUCGAAGACCGCGUCGAGAAGCUCGCGCAAGAUAUUCGCUACACUUACAAGGGUGAGACCGUGCACCUGCUGUGUGUCCUCAAGGGCGGCAGCGCCUUCUUCCAUGCGCUCGUGGAGAAACUGCGAUUGUUCCACAAGUAUAACCAGUGCGACUACGUGCCCUUCACCUUUGACUUUAUCAAGGUGAAGAGUUACGAAGGGCUAAAGAGCUCUGGAGACGUCCAAGUGUCCGGUGCCGACUUGGCCAAGUUCAAGGGCAAGCACCUCUUACUAGUGGAAGACAUUAUCGACACGGGCAAGACAAUGACGAAACUCGUGCCGCUGCUUAGUGGAUACGAGCCGACGUCGGUGCGUGUAGCCAGUUUGCUGGAAAAACGUAACCCCGAGAGUUGCGGCUUCAAGGCUGACUUUGUGGGGUUCAGUAUCCCGGACAAGUUUGUGAUCGGCUACUGUCUCGACUACAACGAGACGUUCCGCGAUCUCGACCACAUUUGCGUCAUCAGCGAAGCCGGUAUCGCCAAGUACGCUCAAAAGCAAUAG